AUGUCAGAUUAUCAAACCAGAAUCAUUGGCGCUGCCAAUACCCUCGAACACCGAGUCUUCCUCGAGAAAGAGGGCAAGGUCGUUUCUCCUUUCCACGAUAUCCCUCUCUUCGCUGAUGAGUCCAAGACCGUCCUCAACAUGGUCGUUGAGGUUCCUAGAUGGACUAACGCCAAGAUGGAGAUCUCCAAAGAGGAGGCUUUCAACCCCAUCAAGCAAGACAUCAAGAAGGGUAAACUUCGAUACGUCCGAAACUGUUUCCCCCACCACGGUUACAUUUGGAACUACGGAGCUUUCCCUCAAACAUGGGAAGACCCAAACGUCAAACAUCCCGAAACCGGUGCUGACGGUGAUAACGAUCCUUUGGACGUCUGUGAAAUUGGUGAAGCCGUAGGAUACGUCGGUCAAGUCAAACAAGUUAAAGUUUUAGGUAUCAUGGCUUUACUUGAUGAAGGUGAAACAGAUUGGAAAGUUUUAGUAGUAGACGUAAACGAUCCUUUGGCUCCCAGAUUAAACGACAUUGAAGAUGUUGAAAGACAUUUACCAGGUUUGAUUAGAGCUACAAAUGAAUGGUUCAGAAUCUACAAAAUCCCAGAUGGAAAACCCGAGAACGUCUUCGCCUUCUCCGGUGAAGCCAAAUCCAAGAAAUACGCCGUAGAGAUCAUCCACGAGUGUCACGAAGCUUGGAGGAAGUUGGUUCACGGUGAGACUGCCGCCAGCUCCGACGCUUACAACUUGUCCAUCCACAACACCACCGUUAAGGGAUCCAAGGGGGUUAUAUCUACUUCCGACAGCGUCUACACUUCUAUCCCCGCUGAUUCCAGGAAACCCGCUGGUCCCAUUGAUCCAUCAGUCGACAAGAGCUUCUUCAUCUCUUCCGCUUCUGCUUGA